UUGGCCUCGCUGCUCCAGGGAACAGACAACAAUCCCACCAUCCCCUUGUGAGUGGGACUGGAACCAGAGCUGUAACUCCAGCCCAAGACAUCCUGCAGGAAAGAGACUGAGAGGACUGAAACGAGCCCUUCCUCACCAGGCCCCAGGCAUGGAAGAGUUGAUAUGGGAACAGUAUACAGUGACCUUACAAAGGGACUCAAAGCGAGGGUUUGGGAUUGCAGUUUCUGGUGGCAGGGACAACCCUCAUUUUGAAAAUGGCGAAACAUCCAUAGUUGUGUCAGAUGUCCUUGCAGGUGGCCCAGCAGAUGGAUUACUUCAAGAGAACGAUAGAGUGGUUAUGGUUAAUAAUACUCCCAUGGAAAAUGUGGCCCAUUCUUUUGCUGUGCAGCAGUUAAGGAAAAGUGGGAAAGUGGCUACCAUUAUAGUUAAAAGACCUCGCCAAGUGCAGCUCCCAGCUGUGAGAAGAAGCCCCUCUCUGGACUACGACUACCGGGCCUUUGAAGUUAUGGAUAGUCGUGCCGAGUUUGAUGGCAGAAGCACUCGAAGUGGCUAUAGUGAAAGGAGUUGGUAUAGUGGGAAUGGGGGCCGAAGCCACAGCUGGGGAGACCACCUGGACCGGGGCUACAGGACUGGCCGUGACCGGGGGCGCCAGCACAGCAGAGAGCGCAGCUACAGCCGCGAUCAAAAUCGGGGCCGGAGCAUGGACAGAGAGAGGAGCUUGGACCACGAAUACCAAAGACCCCGAAGCAGAGGCAGGAGUGUGGAUAGAGAGGAUGAAUACGAGCGGCGCUAUGGUGGCGAUCGGAGUGUGCCCCGAGACUACGACUGGAGAACCAGUCUUGAAGCCCCCCGUGAGAGGGAAGCCAAGAGCGGGAGCAGAGGCCGGCUUAAUUCCCGCAGCCCUUCCCCUGAAUUGCAACCUCAGUAUGACUAUGGAGCACACCAAGACCCCGGUGGGCCAGUUAAUGUUCUCCUCACAAAAAGCAGAUCAAAUGAAGAAUACGGCCUUCGACUUGGAAGUCAGAUUUUCAUCAAAGAAAUGACCAGCACAGGGCUGGCAACCAAGGAUGGCAAUUUGCAUGAAGGGGACAUCAUUCUCAAAAUCAAUGGUACAGUGACAGAGAAUAUGUCUUUAUUUGAUGCCAGAAAAUUGAUAGAGAAAUCAAGAGGAAAACUCCAGUUGGUUGUCCUGAGGGAUAGAAAACAAACCCUAAUCAACAUUCCUUCCAUGCAUGACAGCGAGUCAGAAAUAGAAGAUAUUUCUGAAAUAGAGUCAAACAGGUCUUGCUCCCCUCAGGAUGAUAGGAGGCUGCACCAUUCAGAUUUAGAUUCUCAUUCUUCCAAUGAAAAGCUAAAGGAAAAACAGAGUGCAAAAGAAGAUCCAGCCAGCAGACUAUCCAAAAUGGGAGCAACACCUACGCCUUUUAGAUCAACUGGUGAUCUCACUGCUGCUUUAAUCCCAGAGACAGAUAGUGAACCCAAGUACCAAGACGAUUCUCCAGUUGUUCAGCCCAAGCCAGCCCUGAGAACGUUCCUUCAACCAAGUCCUGAAGACCUAGCAAUAUAUGGUCCUGGUACAAAGAUGGUGAAGUUCAAGAAAGGUGACAGCGUGGGCAUCAGGCUGGCUGGUGGGAAUGAUGUAGGAAUAUUUGUUGCUGGAAUUCAAGAAGGUACCUCUGCAGAGCAGGAAGGCCUACAAGAGGGAGACCAGAUUCUUAAGGUAAACACUCAAGAUUUCAGAGGUAUCAUUCGAGAGGAUGCUGUUCUGUAUCUGCUGGAAAUUCCCAAAGGAGAUAUUGUGACAAUUCUGGCCCAGAGCAAAUAUGAUGUUUACAGAGAUAUAAUGGCCUGCGGCAGAGGAGAUUCUUUCUUCAUAAGGACACAUUUUGAAUGUGAAAAGGAAAUGCCACAAAGCUUAGCCUUCACCAGAGGGGAGGUCUUCCGAGUGGUUGAUACACUGUACGAUGGAAAACUGGGUCAUUGGCUGGCUGUGCGGAUUGAGAGCGAGUUGGAGAAGGGCCUGAUUCCAAACAAAAGCAGGGCUGAGCAGAUGGCCAGUGUUCAGAAUGCUCAGAGAGAUGGCUCCAGUGACAGGGCAGACUUCUGGCGAAUGCGUGGCCAACGGUCUGGAAUGAAAAAGAAUCUAAAGAAGAGCCGUGAAGAUUUGACAGCAAUUGCAUCUGUUAGCACAAAAUUUCCAGCCUAUGAGCGAGUUAUGCUCCGGGAGGCUGGUUUUAGGCGCCCUGUGGUGAUCUUUGGUCCCAUUGCAGACGUAGCAAUGGAGAAACUCUGCAGUGACUUGCCUGAGAUGUAUCAUGCUGCCAAAACCGAGCCUAAAGAUGCAGGCUCAGAAAAGUCCACCGGCGUUGUGCGCUUGAAUACUGUGAGGCAAAUCAUUGAGCAGGAUAAACAUGCUCUAUUGGAUGUGACCCCCAAAGCUGUGGAUCUGUUAAACUACACCCAGUGGUUUCCAAUUGUAGUUUUUUUCAACCCAGAUAGCAGGCAGGGUGUGAAAGUCAUGAGGCAAAGGCUAAUUCCCACCUCCAACAAGAGCGCACGGAAGUUGUAUGACCAAGCAAAUAAGUUGAAGAGGACCUGCUCGCAUCUUUUCACAGCUACUAUUGAUCUAAAUUCAGCCAAUGAUGGUUGGUAUGGCAGCCUAAAAGAUACUAUUCGGCAACAACAAGGCGAAGCCGUGUGGGUCUCCGAAGGAAAGCUGGAAGGAAUGGAUGAUGAUCUGGAAGACCGUAUGUCAUACUUAACAGCGAUGGGCGCUGACUAUCUGAGCUGUGACAGCCGACUUGUCAGUGACAUGGAAGACACUGAUGGAGAAGGCGGGGCUUACACAGACAACGAGCUUGAUGAGCCAGUCAGCGAGCCCAGAGUUUCCUCCAUUAGUCGGUCCUCCGAGCCUGUGCAGCAGCAGCAGCAGCAGGAGGAGAGUUUAAGGAAAUCCAGUCCAGAACCAAGAACUCAAAUGAGAAGAGCUGGUAGCAGGGAAGUUCUGAGAGAUCCCAGCCCACCUCCAGCAUUCAAGCCUGAACCCCCAAAGGGUAAACUGCAAAACAGAGAAGAUCCCUAUGAUACCCCUAAGAAUUACGAAGCCAGAACAGGCAGCCCUAAUGCUGCUAGCAGUGAAACUUAUGGAGUACCAAUGAAAGUGGCCCCUCCCCCAAUAGCCAUCAAACCUACUUUUGGGCGCCCCAUAUUGAAAUCCUCUCAGCCACCCAUCCCAUCAACAGAGGUGGAGGAGAAAUUGGAGGAGGGGAGAGAAGAACCAGUGAACACACCAAAAUCUGUGCUGGGGAAAGUUAAAAUAUUUGAGAAAAUGGACCACAAAGCAAGACUUCAACGAAUGCAAGAACUACAAGAAGCACAAAAUGCCAGGGUGGAAAUAGCUCAGAGACACCCAGACAUUUAUGCUGUCCCAAUCAAGACACAAAAACCAGACCCAAACUGGACCCAGGCUGCCAGUUCCAGACCUCCAGAGCCACAGAAAGCAGCAGGCAGACCUUACCUAGAUAAGCAAGGAAGUUAUGGCAGCGAUGCAGAAGAGGAGGACUAUCGGCGACAGCUAGCAGACAAUUCUAAACGUGGAUACUAUGGACAAGCAGCUCGAUACAGGGAUACGGAAUUAUAGAUUUCUUGCCUACCAGAAUAAUUGUAUUGGGACACCCCUGCAUGGCCAAACUGAAGCCUUGGUAACUUUCAAAAAGUGUAUGUAUAUUUGAAGCUACUGAUGAACUCAAGGUGUAUCUGCACACUGGAAUGGCCAAUAUAAGUAUUGGAGGGAGUGAAUCACUGUUGCCUGAACACUUUUAUAAAAGGACCAAAAAUGUAUUUUUACUAUUUGCAUUAAUUCCUGGCAUUUAUGUCUUUUUAACUUACUCUCUUCUUUACUUACAUUGCCUUUUAAAAUAUUGUUUUAAUUAUUGUGACAUGAUGGAAGCAUGAUGAAAAACACAAUGUUUUAGUGCAAGAAAAACAAAAAGUGCCUUUCUAACAAAAACUGUCCUGAGCUGAUCUCUGACAUCAGAUGCUUCUGCAAAGCCAUCAUGCUUCUGUUGCCUAACUUUUGUACAAUUCAUGGCUACCAUUUCCCCCUUGGAUGUUAUUUUUCUACUUUAAAUAGAUCAGUAUAAAUUUUUUCAUAAGCAGUUGCUGUACAUACGAAAAGGUAACUUUGUUGGCUGCCUGCCACAAGGCAAGAGUGCCCCAAAACUGAGAAAAUUACGUAGAAAAUAAAUCAGAUGAUCUGUGUCUUAAACCUUUUUGUGAGUCAUGAAAUAAUAAAGGGAUAUAUUCUACAAA